CGGCCCAGAUGGCCGCAAUGCAUGCUAGCUCACACCACAUGUGCGUGGCGGCAUGCCGUCUUGCGCUCUCUUCGUCCCCGCCUCGCGGAUAUAUAUUCACGCACACACACAAUGUCAGAGUCAGACACACAGCAAUUUGGCUAGGCAGUGCGUCGACAUCGAGGAGGAGUCCAUUGCUCGAGCAGAGCAACGGCAAUGGGGGCCCCUAGCAGCAGCACCAAGGCCUUCAAGCAGGGGUUCCUCCGGAGCUUCCUCCUGAGCCUGAGAUCCUGCAGGAACGGCGCCAUGGGCCUGCAAGAGAGAAAGCGCGCCGUCAGGUCGUCCGCCGACAUCGCCAUGGCCACCACCCGCGGCAGCGGAGCCAUGUGGCCGCAGGCCCUCCUAGCAGCAGCAUCGUCAUCAUCUUCGCUGCCGUGGCCUAGGCGGUUGCCGGCUGCAGCCACGGUGAAGACGACGACGAGGCGGAAGAACAUGGCCAGGAGGCGCUGUCUCCAGAGGAGGACGACGACGAGCAGCGGCGAGAUCGCGAGGAGGCUGGUGAGGAAGCGGACCAAGGUGCUGCGGGGGAUGGUGCCCGGCGGCGAGCUCCUCGACGGCGCCUCGCUGCUCCGCGAGGCCAUGGACUACGUCGUCCACCUGCGCGCGCAGGUCGCCGUGCUCCGCCGCGUCUCCAACGCCAUGCAACACAGACCAUCGUCCCACCACAUGACAGUGGCUGUUGCACCACCAGUACCGUUGAAAACAGAGACGACCGGAAAGGCUCAAGCCUCGGAUGGAAACCAAGAAUAGAGAGAUGGCAGCAAUCCGAGCCGCCGAGGAGCGUGUGCAGAAUGGCCAAGAAGAUCUUGUAUUGUUCAGAGGCAUGAGAUCUAGGAUCUCGGAACUGGGAGGUUAGGACAAGUGUUAGCAGCGGCUAGUUGUAGUGUCAGCAAGGCACAUAAAUUUUUGGGUGCACUAAUUUAUGGCCAGCCGGGGAGAUAUGAGGUGGUGGGAAUUCCCAGCUGGAUUGUGCUUGUAAACAUGGACUUGGAAUUCGGUUGUGUUCGCCUCGCUC